UAAUUAAUUUCUUUUUUGUUUUUGUUUUUUUGCUAUGAGAUAUUGAGAUUCAAUUCAAUGGUUAAAAAACUACCACACUGGUAGGAUCAUGCAUGGAUGAUGAUGGUGGCUAUCUUUUAUUGAAACAAAGGUGUUGAAUUUUAAUUGUCCCCAACAAAUUAUAUUUUUUUUCUACAUUUUUGUUUGUUUGGUUUGAUUCAUCAUCAUAGGAUCAUCAACAACAAGACAAGACAAGCCAAACGAUGAUGAUGUUUUAAGAAAUGUUUUUAAUAUUUGAUGAUGAUGAUGAUGAGUUUGGAUUACAACAACAAAAGGGUGUUGUUAUUGUUUGAGAUUUAAGGUGUGAAGAAACAAAGAAGUAUGGCAUGUUAACUACAUGAACAUGAACAUGAACAUGACCAUGUAUGAUGUCAUCAUGUUAUAACAACACAUUCAUCAUCACAUUGUUGUUGGGGAACAUACAAAGGAACAAGAAGAUUAUUAUUGUGUCUUAGAAACAAACAAGGAAGAAUACAGGGGAGAUAGUUGCAGAGGAGGGGUUAGCAUAGGUUGGAUUUCUUCUUCUUGUGUGAUUAUAAAUCCUCUUCUGCAACGAUAUUUUCCCGCCGCGCCGCCGACUCGACUCGACAUAUCUUCCAACAUUUAAUAACAAGAAAGAUUUAUCAUCAUAUAUUGAUUGCAAGUUUCUUUGAUAAGUUAAGAGAUUGAGAAGUUUUCAGCAAGAGAAUUACUUCAUUGCACAUUAUUUUAAGUUUUGGAGAUUGAAUAUUCCAAGUUGGUUGAUAGAUUUUGUUGAUGGAAUAUAAGGUUUGAGCAGCUGAUUUGGGUGCAUAAUAAUAUUUCAGUUAACAAUAUGGCUGCUCAACUCAAUUAUUUUGUUGGAUCUCAUGUUUGGGUUGAGGACCAUGAUGAUGCCUGGAUAGCUGGAGAAAUCCUUGAAUCUAAUGAUCAUGAGCUCACCAUUAGCUUUGAAUCAGGAACAAGGGUUGUGAGUAAAACAGCUAAUAUCUAUCCCAAAGAUCCUGAAUUUCCACCAAAUGGUGUGGAUGAUAUGACAAGACUUGCAUAUCUGCAUGAACCGGGAGUACUUCAAAAUUUGCAAAGUCGUUAUACCAUCAAUGAAAUAUAUACAUACACAGGAAACAUAUUGAUAGCAGUGAACCCUUUUCAAAGGUUACCUCAUUUGUAUGCAAAUGAAACAAUGGCAAAGUAUAAAGGUGCGGCUUUUGGUGAGCAGAGUCCACAUCCUUUUGCAAUUGCAGGUUAUGCAUAUAGGAAGAUGAUAAAUGAAGAAAGAAGCCAAGCUAUUCUGGUUAGUGGAGAAAGUGGAGCUGGUAAAACAGAAAGUACAAAGAUGCUUAUGCACUAUCUUGCCUAUUUGGGAGGGAGAGCAGCAACUGAGGGAAGGUCUGUGGAGCAACAAGUGCUAGAGUCCAAUCCUGUUUUAGAAGCAUUUGGGAAUGCAAAGACUGUUAGGAAUAAUAAUUCAAGUCGUUUUGGUAAGUUUGUGGAGAUUCAGUUCGAUCAAAAGGGGAGAAUUUCAGGAGCUGCUAUCAGAACAUAUUUGCUGGAACGAUCACGUGUUUGUCAAGUUUCUGAUCCAGAGAGAAAUUAUCAUUGCUUUUAUAUGCUUUGUGCUGCACCACAAGAGGAUAUUGAUAGGUUCAAAUUGGGAAAUCCAAGAAGCUUUCAUUAUCUUAAUCAAUCUAACUGCAUUGAAUUGGAUGGAUUGGAUGAUUCUAAAGAGUACCUUGCAACAAGAAGAGCCAUGGAUGUUGUUGGAAUCAACUCUGAUGAACAGGAUGCUAUAUUUCGAAUAGUUGCUGCUGUACUUCAUCUAGGAAACAUUGAAUUUGUUAAGGCAGUUGAUGAAGGAACGGAUUCCUCUAAACCUAAAGAUGAACGAUCGUAUUUCCAUCUCAAAACUGCAGCUGAACUUUUGAUGUGUGAUGAAAAGUCCCUUGAAGACUCUUUUUGCAAACGUGUUAUGGUGACUCGUGGUGAUACUAUAACGAAAUGUCUCGAUCCAAAUUCUGCAGCUCUCAGCAGAGAUGCAUUGGCAAAAAUUGUUUAUUCAAGGCUUUUUGAUUGGAUUGUGGACAAGAUUAAUAACUCAAUUGGUCAAGAUCCAACUUCAAAGAACUUAAUUGGAGUUCUAGAUAUUUAUGGAUUUGAGAGUUUCAAGACAAACAGCUUUGAGCAAUUUUGCAUAAAUUUGACAAAUGAGAAGUUACAGCAACAUUUCAACCAGCAUGUCUUUAAAAUGGAGCAAGAGGAAUAUACAAAGGAAGAAAUUGAUUGGAGUUAUAUAGAGUUUGUUGAUAAUCAAGAUGUUCUUGAUCUUAUUGAGAAGAAACCCGGUGGUGUUAUUGCUCUUCUGGAUGAGGCCUGUAUGUUUCCAAGAUCAACGCAUGAAACAUUUGCCGAAAAGCUAUAUCAAACGCUUAAGGACAAUAAGAGGUUCAGCAAGCCGAAGUUAUCGCGAACUGGCUUCACAAUCAAUCACUAUGCUGGUGAUGUCACAUAUCAAACUGAUCUUUUCCUUGAUAAAAACAAAGAUUAUGUUGUUCCGGAGCACGCUGCGCUGCUUUGUGCUUCCAAGUGCUCCUUUGUUUCAGGACUUUUCCCACCUUUACCUGAGGAAACUACUAAAUCAACAAAGUUCUCUUCUAUUGCCGCUCAGUUUAAGCAACAACUUCAAUCUUUGCUUGAAACACUGAAUGCCACGGAGCCACACUACAUUCGUUGCGUAAAGCCAAAUAAUCUUCUUAAGCCAGGGAUAUUCGAGAACAACGAUGUGUUGCAGCAGCUUCGAUGUGGGGGAGUUAUGGAGGCAAUUAGGAUAAGUUGUGCUGGAUUUCCAACUAGAAAGAACUUUGAUGAAUUCGUUCAACGGUUUAGUAUAUUGGAACCUAAGGUUCUAACAUCAUGCCCUGAUGAGAUGACAGCUUGCAAGAGGCUUCUAGAUAAAUCAAACCUUAAAAAUUAUCAGAUUGGAAAAACAAAAGUGUUUCUGAGAGCUGGUCAAAUGGCAGAACUAGAUGCAUGCCGUGCCGAGGUUCUAGGAAAAUCUGCAAUCGUUAUUCAGAAAAAAGGUCGCACAUUUAUUUGUGAGAAACGCUACAAGUUAUUGCGGUUCUCUGCCACAGAACUACAAAGGGCUAUUAGAGGACAACUUGCAAGGCAUCGGUAUGAAUGCAUGAGAAGGGAUGCUGCAUCUUUGAUAAUCCAGAAACAAUUCCGCAUGUAUCUUUCAAAAAGUGCUUAUAAAACUACGUAUGCCAAAGCUGUUUGUGUUCAAGCUGGCAUGAGAGGGAUGGCUGCUAGAAAUGAACUUAGAUUCCGGAAGCGGACACAAGCCGCAACUGUUAUUCAGGGUCACUACAGAUGUUAUUUAGCUUAUUCAUAUUUCCAAAGUUUGAAGAAAGCAACAAUCUCUGUACAGUGUUCCUGGAGGAGAACAAGUGCACGUCGAGAACUUCGAAAACUUAAAAUGGCUGCUAAGGAAUCCAAGGCCCUAGAAGCUGCAAAGGUCGUCCUGGAAAAGCAAGUUGAGGAACUAACUUUGUGUCUAGAAAAAGAGAAGAGAAUGAGGGAAGCCAAGACACAGGAAAAUGAAAAAUUACAAUGUGCUUUGGAAGAGAUGGAGCUUAAGUUCGAAGAAACUAAGGCAAAACUCAUUGAGGAACGUGACGCUGCCAUGAAAGUAGCUGAGCAAUCUCCAACAAUACAGGAAAAUCAUGUUGUUGACAAUGAAUUGGUCAAUAAGCUUACUGCAGAAAAUGAAAAACUCAAGGAGCUUGUACAUUCACUGAAAAAGAAAGCUAAAGAGGAGCUUCAUGAGAUUGUUACUGACAAUGAACAGAUUUAUAAGCUUUGUGAAGAAAAUGAACAACUCAAGGAGAUGGUUGAUUCAUUGGAAAAGAAAACUGAACAGGAGUUUCCUGCUAAUUUUACUGACAAUGAAGUGAUUAAUAAACUUACUGAAGAAAAAGAACAUUUUAAGGGUCUGGUUAAUUCAUUGGAAAAGAAAAUUGAUGAGACAGAAAAGAAGUAUGAAGAAAGUAGCAAGAUUAGCGAGGAGCGAAUGAAUCAAAUUAUAGAGACAGAAUCAAAGAUAAUUGAGCUAAAGACAUAUAUGCAAAGGCUUGAAGAAAAACUUUCUGAUAUGGAAUCUGAGAAUCAAAUUUUUCGGCAGCAAGCGCUGUUGAGUUCUUCGUCCAAGAGAAUGUCAGAAAAGUCCUCACCUCCUGUAAUUCCGCCUUUGGAAAAUGGUCAUCAGGUACCAGUGAUCUCUACAACAGUAAAAACACUUGGUUCAGAAUCUGUGAGGAGAUCUCACCUGGAGAGACAUCAAGAAAGUGUAGAUACACUUUUCAAAUGUGUGACAAAAGAUCUUGGAUUCUCUGAAGGGAAACCUGUUGCAGCAUUUACACUUUAUAAUUGUUUGCUACAUUGGAAAUCUUUUGAAGCAGAUAAAACAAGUAUAUUUGAUCGUCUUAUUCAGAUAAUCGGUUCUGCCAUAGAGGAUCAAGAUAAUAACAAUUGUAUGGCUUAUUGGUUGUCCAAUACAUCUGCUUUGUUUUUCCACCUUCAGCGAUGUCUAAGAGUACCAGCACGAAAACCACCGACUCCAACAUCAUUUUUUGGGAGGAUGACCCAGGGUUUCCGCUCAUCCAAUAGUCUUUCAAGUAGUGCAUUUGAUGUAAUAAAUCAAGUUGAUGCAAAGUAUCCAGCUUUGCUCUUCAAGCAACAGCUUGCAGCUUAUGUGGAAAAGAUAUAUGGAAUCGUUCGAGAAAAUAUGAAGAAAGAUUUGUCUCCUCUGCUUUCUUCUUGCAUUCAGGAGCACAGAACGCAAAACGACAACGGCAAGCCAGCUGGUUCAUGGCUCAACAUUACUGAAUGCCUUAAUAGAUUUCUCAAUAUUCUAAAAGAAAAUUAUGUGCCUCCCAUUUUAAUUCAAAAAAUAUUUAAUCAGACUUUUCAAUACAUCAAUGCAGAAAUCUUUAAUAGCCUUCUAUUGCAUAGAGAAUGCUGCACAUUCAACCAUGGAGAAUAUAUAAAAUCAGGGCUAGCUGAACUAGAACUAUGGUGUAUUGAAGUAACGGAAGAGUAUGUUGGCACAUCUUUGGAUGAACUUAACCAUUCAAAACAAGCAGUUAGAUUCUUGGUUGCUCUAGAGAAGGAUGAACUAUCCUAUGAUGAUCUUACAAAUGACAUCUGCCCUGUCCUGAGUUCUCAACAGCUUUAUAGAAUAUGUACACUAUAUUGGGAUGAAAAUGAUAAUACCAAAAGUGUAUCAUCAGAAGUCACUACUAGAUUAAAGCUGCUAAUGACAGAUGAUGUAGUUGAUGAUGACAAAUAUUUCUUGGUAGAAGAUAAUUCAAGUCUUCCUAUUAUUGUUGAAGAGAUUUCUCAUUCACAUCAAGACAAGACAAUUCCAAAAGUAAAACCUCCUGAAGAACUACUUGAGAAUGCAGGCUUCCAAUUUUUACAUGAUUAUUGUUAGUCCUCAAUGCAGCAGCUGCUGAUUAAAAUACCAUGUUGUAAAUCCACCACACUCCGAUUUUUUUCUUUUAUUUUUUUUAAGUGGCAUCCAUAUUUGUAUUGGUAAUAUGAUAGCAAAAGGGCAGGGUAGGUUUCCUAAUUCUUGUUAACAUUUUCUUUUGACCUCUAAUUUUCAUUAGAUUAUCUAUAUGGAUGUUCAUUUGGGCCAAAAAUCUUUGUAUUAGUAAGAGGGAAGAAAAGUAUAAAAUUUGUAAAAUGAUAUUGGUAGGAGUUGAUCUUGAUCCCAUAGAUUGUUGUUGAAAGAAGCAUAUUACCCUCAUCAAAUCAAAUGCUAUGGUGACAAUUGGCCAUUCAUUCA